UAGAGUCAGAGGUACUUCUAUUUCUCAAGUAGUAUGACUCUACGGCGGCCGGGCCAACCUCCUCCGCUUUCAAAUAGCACGACCCCGUGGGACAGGUCGGAAGAAUUUCGUUCUCACCUGUACGACCCGAUGAGGUGCUGCCGCUUAUCAUCUUUUUUUCCACACAUCUUGUCAAUAAUCACGUAACUUCGGGCCGGUGCAUGUUGGCGAAGUUAAACCACGGUAGCGCCGCGAGAGCACGCCAGGCUCGCGUCGGAAGACUCGCGGUGUCCUGCGGAUCCUCGAGAAGGAGCAGAGGCGAGCAGCCGGAGGAGUUCAAAUGUUGUCUCGUGUGUAUCGUCUGCGCCUAGCCAAUGCAGCUACAUACAUGUGGAUGCAGGUAGAAGAAAGAUUCAUUAAUAAAACGGCAUGCUUGUAAGUGUAGCCGCGCACUGUCACGUGGGAUGAAUGAGGAAGAACUGUUGAAACGAUCUGCCGCUGAGCGCGAUAGGAUUUUCAGCUGCUAUGACCGCGGUAGGGAGGGUGCUGAGAUUGAUCCUUGGGAGGAUCCCGGCUACGAGGUCUAUCAUACCACAGACAGAUAUGGAUUUAUACACGAUAAGAGAUUACCGCAGAAGCCGGAUCCAUAUGAGGUCAAGCUGCACCACGUGGAGAUGGAGAGACUGAAGAAAUGGGAGAAGAUGACGAAGCAAUGGGACAGUGCCUCGACCAAGGAGAAGCUGCGGCGUAGGAUAUACAAAGGGAUUCCCAACAGAUUUCGGGGACAAGUAUGGAUUCUCCUCUUGGGGAUUAAGAAUCUGAAGAAAGAACAGGCAGGCAAGUACGAGGAGAUGCUGCAGCUGGCUCGCCAAUGGUCCACGGAGAUAAGACAGAUUGAUGCCGACGUUGCAAGACAAUACAGAGAUCAUAUUAAUUAUAGGGAGAGAUAUAGCAUAAAACAAAAGUCCAUGUUCUACGUACUAGCUGCCUAUAGUAUGUACAACAUGGAGGUAGGGUAUUGCCAAGGAAUGUCCGUGUUGGCCGGUCUGCUGCUGCUCUACAUGGAUGAGGAGGACGCGUUUUGGGGCCUUUCUGUGUUACUAGCCGACAAGAAAUACAGCAUGCACGGCUUCUACGUGGAUGGUUUCCCGAAAUUGAAUCGAUUCAUAGAGCACCAUGACAAGAUAAUGAACAAAUUCCUGCCGAAGCUGAAGCGAAAGCUGGACAAGUGCGGCUGCGACUCCAUAUUGUACGCGUUGAAGUGGUUCUUCGUUGUCUUUCAGGAGAGAACACCUGUUAGCCUCGGCCUCCGUAUUUGGGACAUCUUCCUGCUGGACGGCGACCGUAUACUGCCAGCCAUGGCGUAUACCGUGAUGAAGCUGCACAAGCGCUUCCUGAUGCCGAUGGAGAGCCUCGACGAGUUCUGCAACUACUUGCAGAUCAAGCUGGAGAAGGACUUCUACUUCGACGACGACGCCGUGAUCAGCACGAUGGAGCGCAGCAUGGAGGAGCUGAAGCGAGCCAAAUUAGACUACCCGGGCCCGCCGUUGCCGCACGAGCUGCCACGUUUCCCGUUUGGCACGUUCAAGGAACCCUCCUUUACCAGCAAGGUCGGCAGGCGGAGCGAGGAGUUUAGCGAGGCUCAGCAUGUAAUGCGAGAGUCCGUGGCGCAACGCAGGGACAUGGCACUGAUCGACGACGGCCGGGAGAGCACCACGCCCGUCGAGCCGACCAGCGGCCUUGGUGGCAGCAAAUUCUCUUUCGAUCCCAGCCUGGAGGAUGGCACGUCUCCCAACGGCUCCCGCCGCUCGCUGGCCGAGACGUCGGUAACGUCAACAGCGGAUCUGUCGGUGUUCAGCUCGGCGACGCGCUCCCAGGCAUUGGACAACAGCCUCGACACACAGAGCAACAUCUCGAACGCGAGCUCGGGCAGCGGCGGUCUGCCAACGCCGCGGGCGACUCCGCACCAACCCAGCCCGGAUGUGGUUCGCAUUUACGUGCCGUACGCUUCGCCGGCGGCCUCCUUCAAGGACGACCUGCCGCGCACGCUGCCGCGCUCGCUCGACACCAACAAGAUCCGCAUUCGCGUCGAUCCGGACAAGACCCCGAUCGUGGAGAACCUGAAGCCGUUCUCGCUAGAGAGUCCGGAGGUGGAGCUGGACUUGAAAUAACGGCCUCGAGUUAAACAGAAGCCGGGAAGAAGGCACGGAAAGAUUUCGUCGAGCAGGCGAGACAAUAAGGUUCGAAUGUAAGCCGCGAUGGUGGCCCGGUGAGUACGUGGACAGGGCGUCCUGGAAGUUGCUUUCCGACCGUGAAGAUCGGCUGGCUCUUUUCAAGAAUCCCGCGCGAAGGGCUCCGUUGGUUUCUACGAGUGAUCGUGAGAUCUCGGCGUGUCUGCGCACGGAGCCGUGUUUGUGUAAGAUAAAUAACGAAGCCGGACCGUCGAUUCGGUGGAAUUCCCCGGGUCUCGUUCCGACGGAGGAUCGGUUGGAAGAUCCGAUCGAGGCCGAGAAUUCACUCGGGACCUGAAAAAGGAAAGAGAGCUGGAGUCGGACGAUGUCUAAUUGGAGAUAAUACGUUCCAUUUUACUCGUAGAGAUGCAAUUUUUUUUCUAACGAUAUUACGUUCGCAUGAUAUUAUGACACCGUCGUUAAAAACAGUGUUUAAUGAUAUCCCGAGGGAGAUUUGUAGCAAAUGUUUAGAAUUUCUUUUUUUUACUCAUGUGUCGGUUGUAGCAAAUUGACACGAAGACAUAAUGAAUCUCGAUUUGGACUUUCAGACGGGCGAUCGGCCCCGGGUGCGCCGAAGAAUCCUCGCGGAAGAGCGUGACUCCCGGCACAUUUUGUAAAUGUACGCCGUGAUACAUGAGUACACGCGAUAUCGUGUGCGCGCGAUCGAACGGGACAACGACAAAUACGAGAUGUCGCGUUGAAUCUUUAGAGAUUUCCUUAUAGAAAACGUCAAUUGUGCUGGAGGAGUUGAUAUUUAGAAGCGGCGGUGCAAGAAAGAGAGAGAGAGAGAGAAAAAGAGAAAGAGAGAGGGAGAGAGAGAGAGAAGAAAAAGAAGGGAAAGACGAAUAUGAUGUGUACCGUUUAAAGUGUGUAAUCGAAAACAUACCUUACGAUGUAAUGUUUAAAAUGUCCGUUAUCUCUCUAUAAAUUAUACAUUUCGAUUCUCAUGAAGAGUUGUAAAAUUAUAGGAGAGAAUUAAUUACAUUUGAAUUGUAGAAAAUAUACUGAGGGGGGGGGGGGAAGGUCGCGAUUAAUUAUACAUUCCAACUUGUAAGAAAAGAAAAAAAAAUCCUGAGAGGAUCUCUCAGAGGUUUGUUACAUAAAUAUAUGUGUGUGUGUGUGUAUAAAUUUCAGAAAGUGGUUUCAUCGAUUCGAGAGACAUCCGAAUGGGACAGACGAUCGUUAGAUACUUCGACGUAAGAGAAUCGAAAGGAGGACGAGGUGUCGUCGCUAAGUCGCGGCCUAAUUUACGUUCGUUCAUAGUCCGAACACUGCUCAUUGUACGGUAUGUCACACAUACGUUCGUAUCGCACACGCAAUCCCACACCUGCGAUCGUCGGUUUGUUUUCUCUCCUCUUUUCGAUCCCCGCGCGAGAAAGAGUGCUCCGACAACGAGUUUCCUCCUUGUCGUGCCGAGAUAACGCUGUUAGAUAAUCGGAUCAUUCAAAGAUCCGCGGUAGAGAGGAUCACGUUGUACAUAAGCACAGAGGUAUGCGUCUAGAAUUCACACUUCCCUACACGUUUCACGUGUACGAAUCUCAACACGAAUGUGGAAUAGCGAAAAUUCAUAUUCGGGGUUUUGCCGUUCGAAUUUCCGGUUUCAGCGUAUAUUUAUACGUCGUUUCGUUUCCCGAUGAAUUCGAGGAAAAAGAGAGCCCGAUGACGCGGCUUGUGCGAAAUCCCCUUCCGAGCAACUAUAUACGUUCGUUAUACUUCAGCGAAUUUGUACCCCACGAAUACUGUACUUUCAUCGACGGAGUAACGUUGCACGCAACGCGACGUAACGCCGUCUUGUCACGCACGCUCGCGCCGCACGAGCCGGUUACAUUCACCCGUCCUCACGAGGGAGAGAUACUUUAACUGAUACACCGGAGUAUUAUAUUGUGCUGCCUUUGGCAACGUUCAAACGUCGCCACUUUAUUUUACCUUUGCUUUACUUUUAAGUUGUACCUUCCCCAUAUCCCGAUUUCUCUAUCUCUCUUUCUCCUCUCUCACGUUUCUUUUAAUAUAAUUCAUAUAUUGUAAGAAAUAUACUUUUGUACAUACGCAUAAUAUUUACAAAUUAAAAAGAAAAAAAAGUAAAGGAAGAGUAAGAAGAAGAGGGAGUCUCCAUGCCAAGAAGAAGAUCCUUAGAUCAGUAGCUAUCGAGUUCGGGAUCUCUCCGUCUAAAAUGUGAAUAUUGAACAGUUCUCGCUACCGUGUGUCGCACCGAUAUCUGUAUUAUUAUGAUAAUAAUAAUAAUUAUUAUUAUUAUUUAAACUCUCUCGCGAGGCGUCGCGCUUCGACGUGUAUGUGUGUGUGUGUACGGCCAUCCGCUUGCUUUCGAUCUCGAACCAACAUUCCCGAACACGCAGUAUAUUCUUCGAUAUGCAAAUGUGUAUAUAGCCUUCCGCGGAGCCUAAGGAGAACGAAAGGUUUUACUCUCUUCCCCCCUCUCAAUUGCGCGUACUUGACGCUCGGACUCGGCGAUACAAAUCGAUUGUUAUAUACCUAAUAGAGAUAGCGAUAAUAAGCGACGUUGGUUGAAUAGAUAUUGAAUGUUGAUCGUCUGGAUCUUUUAUCGUGUUACGCCGGAAACGAGAUUGAUAGGAUGUUUAGAGAGUAAUCCCCCCCUCCACAUUUGCGCGAUGUGAGCCCUCCGAUAUUAUUAUUUCAUAACAAGUUUGGAAUAGUUGCGAUAACGACGGCCUUGCAUCCACGAUUAUGUCGAUAAUGAAAUGAAAUUGCGCUCGCUCAGUCGCGACAUACGAUUGUCGUUUACUUAUAGUUCUAAAGUUUUGGGAAAACCCGUUUUUUCUCCCAAUUUUCCCGCGGGUUUCUUUGGUUUAUUCGGUCCCAAGGAAGAUUUGUAAAGAAACAUUCGCGUGUGUUCGAUUGAAACCUCCCAAAUAGCAAGGUGACGUCGGAUGAAUCUUAAUAACGUCCUAAUGACGUCUCUAACGUCAAUAAGACGUUGUUAAAACGUUAUUUGACGUUACCUAAUAAGUAAUAACUUAGAUUGCUAAUUUACUUUCUUAGCGAAGGCAAAGAACCAAAAAAGUUCGCGGGAAAAUGAGGAAAAAACGGUUUUUUUUCCGAAACUUUGAACCUAUAUUUUAUCGGAAUUCUUCAAACCGGGUGGUAUUUAUCGCGGAACGAUUAAUUUUUCUAUUGAUAGUCUCAAGAUAAUGCGAUCGAUCUUGCCGUUUGCCGGCGAUUACACGGAAGAAAAUCAAGAAUAGAUAUUUUUAUAUGUAAGCAAGAAUAUAAUCUUGUCAGGGGACUUUUAAUCUCGAUUUGAUUGAAUUUAUUUAUAUCGAUGCAAAUAUUACUCGAACUCAACUUAAGACUAAAAAUCUUUUAUGAAGAUUAUAAUAUUCUUGCUUAUAUAUGAGAAUAUCUAUUCUUGAUUUAAGACAAAUUUUUUUUCCACGUAUCUUCGUGGAACAGCAAGGAGAAAAGGUCGAACAGUGGAUAUAGCGCUGAUCGGUGUUGCAACUCGUUCGACUCGCUUGAGAAAAUCAAACUCGACAACCAACAACCUGAAUCUCUAGAACGAAAUAAGACUAGAUAAGAGACUUCACAGAUAUACAUAUAUGUAUAUGGGAAUUGUACAUUUCAUGAAUUAAUGCUGGCGGCUGUUCCCGACGAUGCUGGCGAUGUUUUUUUAGCGCGUAGUCGCAGAUCUCGCAGUAGAACUGUCUCAGAGUCUCAAACCAUUUCGAACAAUACAUCAUCUUGUCGCGUAGAAUUAUAUAUACACACUGUGAGACCGACGGUGUGCGUGUAUGUGUGUGUAUGUGUAUGUAUGCGUGUGUGUCAAUACACUUUGUCGACGAACCCUGAUUGCGAUUGCAACGAUUAUUCGCUUCGCGUCAAAUUCGGACGCGUUAGCGUUUUAGUUCUUAAGAGAGAGAGAGAGAGAGAGAGAGAGAGAGAGAGAGAGAGAGAGAGACGAAUCUCCGGUGAAGCAAUGACCAAAACCAUUACCGCAUUUGUUCGACCGCGAGCGGGGCGAGAUCGGUUUCCCUUAGGUAUAUUGUAUGAAGUAAUACGAUAAAGUAACACAGAACGCAAAGAUACGUGAGAGAAAAGUACAAUGAUUACUUUAUUGCUAGGUCGAGAGUGCGAAAACAUCGUUACUUUGUUAAAGUGUAGGAAUAUUUUCGGGCAGAGAGAGAGAGAGAGAGAGAGAGAGAGAGAGAGAGAGAGAGAGAGAGAGAGAGAGAGAGAGAGAGNAGUCCCCGCUUCAGUAGAUCCGACUAGAAAUAAUUGAGCAAGCGAUCGAUUAUAGAGAUACAGUGCGUCCCAAGACUGAUAUUCGUCCUUCGAUGAUAGAUCGCGCAAAAGUUGAACUUUUCUUUGCCAUUAGUUUGAUUGAAAAGAAAAAAAAGAAGCAAUUCAUUUAGCCGAUGAGAGAACUUUCAAGAUGCGCUCGACUUUGAUUUUCUUUCUGAAAAGAAUAAUAUGAAACAGGAAAAGAAUAAUAUGAAACAAUCUCGAUUCCAACGAUGAGAAUACGAUUCUCGUUCUUUCUCAAAAGGAAGCUUCAACGGAGACUAGAUUAGGCGGUUUUUCGGAUAUCUAACGCCCGAGAAUGUUCAAUGACGAAAGUAAAUCGCUGUCGAUCACCCAAAUAAAAUUUCGCCUCUGUUGUCGCUGAAAGAGCAUAGACGACCGGUCGUGGGACGCGCUGUACACACACAACCCCUCUGUUCAUUAUUCACAUUCAACCAGCCACUUUCGUGCAGACGAGCUAUAAUAAUAAUAAUAAUAAUAGUUCAAACUUAAAUGCCUGAGGAGGAAGGAUAAAUGUGUGUGUGUCUGUACAAACACUCUUAAGAUCGUAGCGCGAGUCGAUAUUUUUUUUAUACGUGUGUACGUUGUUAGUGGCCGGGGGAGACGUAGCUUUAGGCUCUCUUCCGUGUUACCUUCCACCCGCUGCUCUCCUUCUGUAGGGCACAGUAUAUAAAUAUAUAUAUAUAAAUAUAUAGGAAGACGUUUGUGAAAGCUGACGCGAAUGCAAUACUCAAUUAAAAAUCCUACCGAUUACCGACACGGGACGCACUUGUAAGCCAAUUAAUUGUCGAAACAAUAAAGUCUUAAUUGUCAACAUAGCGAAAA